AUGGGAAGAGGACCAAAGAAGCACCAGAAGCGUCUGUCAGCGCCAUCGCACUGGCUGCUCGACAAGCUAAGCGGUGCCUAUGCGCCCAAGGCCAGCCCAGGUCCGCACAAGCUGCGCGACUGCAUGCCUCUCAUCGUCUUCAUUCGCAACCGGUACGACGCUCUCGUCCCUCAAUAGCCGAUUUGGGAGAAUGUGCAGGCCAGUCAUGAAGGAAAUACUGACAACCGUGCUCCUCCAACAGACUGAAGUACGCCCUCAAUUCCCGCGAGACCAAGGCCAUCGUCAUGCAGCGCCUGAUCAAGGUCGACGGUAAGGUCCGCACUGACCCAACCUACCCGGCCGGCUUCAUGGACGUCAUCGGCAUCGAGAAGACUGGCGAGAACUUCCGCCUCGUCUACGACACCAAGGGCCGCUUCACCGUCCACCGCAUCACCACCGAGGAGGCCGAAUAUAAGUUGGGCAAGGUCAAGAGAGUCCAAUUGGGCAAGGGCGGCAUUCCAUUCUUGGUUACGCAUGACGCGCGCACGUAAGUGAAACAUCUUAUGUGGCUUGCGACGUCUAUCAGACGUUGGACCAAGUUUUGGUUAGAAAUAAAUGCUGAGACAUUGGAUAUAGGAUCCGCUACCCAGACCCCGCCAUCCGGGUCAACGACACCGUCAAGAUCAACCUGACCACCGGUACGUGUCUCUACGGAUACUCCUGAAGAUUCGCAAGGCUAAUGUUUGCACAGGCAAAAUCGACGACUUCAUCCGUUUUGACACUGGUGUCAUUGCUAUGGCUACUGGUGGACGUAACAUGGGUCGUGUCGGUGUCAUCACCCACCGUGAGCGCCACGACGGAGGCUUCAAUAUCGUGCACAUCAAGGACGCCAUUGACAACGAGUUUGCUACUCGUGAGUCCAACGUCUUCGUCAUCGGCCGCGAGAAGCCUUGGAUCUCCCUGCCAAAGGGCAAGGGUGUCAAGCUCAGCAUCGCAGAGGAGAGAGACCGGAGACGUGCCUACGCCCUGGCCGGCCACUAA